AUGCUCUCGACGCGCGCGCGAGCGGCGCCGCCCUCCUUCGCGCGCGUCUCGAGCCGCUCGCGUCGCGCUCGCGUCCCCGCGGCGUCGCCGCGCGCCGUCGAGUUCGGCGCGCGGGACAUCGCUUCCCUUCCUCGCGUCGCCGCGUCGUUCGCAUCCGCCGGAAAACUAAAGUCGCCGGCGCCCCAGCGCGCGUCUCGCGACGUCAAAGCCCGCGGCGUGCCCGUUCUCUCGUCGCUUCCGCUCGUCGGCUGGGCGUUUUCGUCCCCAGUCGUGCUCGUGGUCUACGUUUUCGUCGCGAUUAGGAUGUAUCUCGGCUACGACAGGACCACGUUCGGAAGCGGCGUGCCCAAGAUCGCCAUGUGCGGCCUGUGGCCCGUCUUGGCCGCGCUAUCGGCGUCGUUUCGCGAGAAUUUAAAGCGCUCUUUGUAA